CCGACCCCGACGUAUGAUUCAUCGUUCAGACAUUCGACAUUCGCUUGUCCUCCCUCCACAGAUCAAUCCAUGUGCGGAUGCAAUGCAUACAUACAUCACGCCAUCGGUCUUGCGAUGUGUGCACAUGAGGCCGACCAACAGACAGACAGGAUAUUAUUCAGCUGUCACCUCUCCCCCAUUGCUGUCUGUCAGUCACUCUGCGGCUCCGUCCACUGCAGGCAGGUCGAGCAGCCUGAUGACUUCUUGUGUCGUUCUGCCAUGCCUCCGCAACGCCCACUUGCGACUCACCGCCUGCGCCACACACAAAAAGGAAGAGUCCCCAGUGUGUGUGCUCAGCUGUGUAUGCGCAGAUCUGUGUUGGCGGCGUACGAGUGCUGCGGUGCGAGUGACGGCGCCAGACUGGUGCUUAUCGGAGGGCAGGAAUAGCUCCUCCUCUCUCAGCUCACGGAAAGUUCGGCUCAAACUUCUGGUGCUCCCGCUGCUCCUCCCGCUGCUCGAUGAAGAGUCGAGGGCCUGACACAAAGACCCACACGAUGGGCGAGACAUGAUUCACGAAGAUAUCCAUGGUCGACCUUGGAGUGUUUCGUAGCUUUCUUGAGGAGAGGUAUGGCGAUGACGGCAUUGCCACGCACACUCGAGAUGGGCACAGAUGUGUGGCGGGAAACAACAUCGGCCUGUGCACAGACGCAAAGAUACACACAUGCUUAUCCACUACUCUCGUGAUAGGCUGCCCCCCGCCCCUUGCUCACCCACAACGCGACUUUGGUGUCUCCUGUCCGUCUGAUGAGGCGAUUCGCGAGGUACAGCGACACCGAUGCUAGUUCCAGUUGCGAAAACCGCCCCAUCUCGUAGCUCACGGCCAGCACCUCCAGCAUGUAGUUGGCCACUCGGAAAUGCGAUGACGUGAUGUCGAUGCGGCCCGUCUGCAGGAAGAACAGGCACUUGAGGAAGAAGUAGCAGCUCCCAGCCUAGCGACACAGGUGAAUAGAGAAAAGAAGAAGACAAAAGGGAAUCGUGUUUGGUGUGCUGUGUAUUGCAAUUCACGGAAUGCUGCCAAAUACAUAGAUUUUGCCGCCGAGUGCGCUGAGAAUUUCCACCUCAAGCCGCUCGAAGUCACAGCCAGGGCUCGUGUCCUCACACACUGAAGAGAGAGAUAAUAACAGCGAAAUCCAGUCAGUCGACACGUCCCGGCUUUCUGUUCUCCUCCCCCCCCGAGUGGAUGAGCCUACGGUAGAUGAAGUCAGCGAGCUCUGGCGGAUGCACCUCGCUGUACUUGCUGCACGAGGACACACAGAGUGCAUCCUUGUCCCCUCUUGCACGUAGCUGGCUGCCUGGCUGUGUGCAUGGGUGUGUGCGGUGACCUUGCGAUCCACAUGGCUGUGCACCCGAGCAGCUGCAGUUUCUCCCGUGGCCAUUCGACAUCGCUGACAGGACAAACACACCACAAACACUUAUAUGUUUGCCCCGCCCGCCCGCCCGCCCGCCCGCCCGCUUGUUUUGCGUACUGCGUCAUGUAUGCGUCGAUGAUGUGAAUGGUCAUGAUCAGCACAUCGGGUGAGAGGUUCAUGAAGAGGUGGACAUCCACCAGCCAGUCGAGCAGCAGGUCCCGCUCUCCGCGAGUGACAGAGCCCUUCUUGUCCUCGUCAAUGUAACUCAUCGGACGAGCCACACCGUCAAACUGCAGUGCAUGCAUGACAAACACAAAGAGAGAGCUCACACACACAACACAGACGACGACGACGGAUCUGUUUCUCAAACAUUCACUGACCCGUUUUCUUUCAUUGUGGAAGUUGGGCAGCAGAUACGCAUACUCGGCAGGCAGGCGCUGGCUGGAUCUCGCCGCUGCUUGUGUGUAUGGCUCGGCACGGUGGCGCUUCCUCUCCUCGCGCUGUGGCUGGAACGGGAGGGGCGUGUCGGACCGGCGGGCAGCCUUCUCGUUGUGCGCAAGCAUCUGCAACUUCUCAAGAAGCGUCACCUUCCCCACAUUCUUCAUGGCGGCCUCCUCG